GAGAGCUCUCAGUGACGAGCAGCAGCAACAGCAGCCGCAGCAGCAACAGCAACAGCAGCCAGACUCUCGCACCCUUUCCUGCUCUGCAUCGAGCAUCGCAAGCAAGCCGCGAAGGGUAUCGCACGGGUCGCGCGUAUCCUUGCCAGCCACAACAACACCAAACUUCAAGCGAACCAGGCGACGGGCUGCACUAAAGCAACCACACUCUGUGGCCGCAGUCCGCAGUCAAUAUCCAGCAGCAUCCGAGAAGUAGUAGUAGCAGCGGUAGUAGUAGCAGCAGUAGAGCACAGCUACUAGUCAGGAGCUGUUCGCGUAUCUGUUCUGUUGACCACUCGUUUCGGUUCCGCGUCGUUGGUCGGUCGGUCGGUCGGUCGGUUGGAGUGUACCUGUAUUUUGAGGGUUUUUUGGGCCUGCGCGCGCCCGCGCGUGUGUGUGUGUGUCGAAAGUGUGUGGUGUGUUGUGCGUGCGGUGCCGUUUUCCAUCCGGGGAGUUGGGGGCGGGUCGGAGUUGUAGUGUGCGGGGUUUUUUUCCCCCCCCCCCGGGAGGGAGGGAGGCAGAAGAUUCAUGGUUCAGGUCCAGGCCGGUGGCCAAUGGAAGGCGGCUGGUGGCCGUACCACCGUGGAUUGAGGGAGAGAAAGAGCGAGAGAGAGAGAGAGAGAGAACAUCGCGCCAAGCGUCGGCAGUAGUAGCACUGUAGCCGUCGUCCUGCCGUGUGCCUCGACAAUCAACAACCAACCAACUCCCACAGCCGCCGAGCGAUCAACAAGCAAUCAAUAACAGACGCCGGAAGACGCCUCGAACAACUCGAACUUGGAGAGGUCCGUGCGCGCGUGUCAGUGUGUGUGUGAGUGUGAGUGUCAACGGGGUCUCGACGAAACAGGUCCUUCGGUUGUCGUAAGUGUUUCGAUAGAAUGGUCGCCACCGUCACGAGAAGACCGUUCCUAUCGGUGGCCGGUGGUCCCGCGCUGUUCCUGUUGCUGUUGCUACAGCAGCUCCUGCUAGUAGCAGGUCAUCGCGGCGGUAACGGGGGUGGUGGUGGUUCGCAGCAUACGCAGUUCCUGCGCAGCUUCGCACCGCACGCAACGCCCCUGAACGAUCCGUGCUACGAUGAGGAUAGACCGCGCCGCUGCAUGCCGGACUUUGUGAACGCCGCGUUCGGCGUACCGAUCGAGGCGUCGUCCGUGUGCGGCCACGAGCAGCCCGCGCGCUUCUGCGACCAGCGCGCGACCGGCAGCGGCAGCGACCUAGCGACCGGCAUCGGGGCAUCCUCCGCACCGUCGACGCUGAUCGGCCCCGGGCGGACUGGCGCGACGCAGGAAGCGACGACGACGCUCGCGUGCGAAAUCUGUGACGCGUCGGAACCGACCAAACGGUACCUGCCGGGCGCCCUGACCGAUGUGCACAACUCGAACAACGUGACCUGCUGGCGAUCGGAACCGCGGUCCGGUUCGCUCGAUGCGGGCCCGGACAACGUAACGCUGACGCUGUCGCUCGGUAAGAAGUUCGAGCUGACGUACGUCAGCCUCAGCUUCUGCCCGUACGCACUCCGGCCGGACUCGAUGGCGAUCUACAAGAGUGCGGACUAUGGGAAGAACUGGCUGCCGUUUCAGUUCUACAGCUCCCAGUGCCGGAAGCUUUAUGGGCGGCCAACGAAGGCUCAGAUUUCGCUCAGCAACGAGCAGGAGGCCCGCUGUGUUGACCACAACCGGUACAGUGUGGAUGGGGUGCAGGGUUCGCGGAUCGCGUUCAGUACGCUCGAGGGUCGCCCAUCGGCACCGGACUUUGAUAACUCCGUCAUCCUGCAGGAUUGGGUGACGGCCACCGACAUACGCGUCAUCUUCCAUCGGUUGCAGGCACCGUCCGGGGGUGGUGGUGGCGGGGGUGGUGGCCAAUUCCCGGCCGGCUCCAAACACCAAUCAACCGAACUGAGUGGUGGAAAGUUUGGUGGCGUCGCGAAGAAGGCGUCCGAUUUUUUGCCGGUCGCGUCACGCGAACUACCGAGCGGGUCCGGUGUGCUGACGUACGCACUGUCGGACUUUGCCGUCGGUGGGCGGUGCAAGUGUAAUGGGCACGCGUCCCGUUGCAUCAAGAGCCCGGCCGAUGGGAAGCUGGAGUGCGAUUGCAAGCAUAACACGGCCGGCCGGGACUGCGAGCGCUGCAAACCGUUCUACUUCGAUCGACCGUGGGCCCGCGGUACCGUCCGGGAUGCCAACGAGUGCAAAGCCUGCCAGUGCAACGGUCACGCCCGCAAGUGUCGCUUCAAUCUCGACCUCUACAAAAUGUCCGGCCGGGUCUCCGGGGGCGUCUGCAUCGACUGCCGGCACGAUACGACCGGUCGGCACUGUCACUACUGCCGCGAGGGUUUCUACAAGGACCCGACGAAACCGAUCAGCCACAAGAAGACCUGCAAACCGUGCGACUGCCAUCCGAUCGGCUCGUCCGGCAAGAGCUGCAACCAUACGUCGGGCCAGUGCACCUGCAAGGAGGGCGUGACGGGUUUGAACUGCAAUCGGUGUGCGCGCGGCUACCAGCAGAGCCGCUCGCACAUCGCACCCUGCAUCAAGAUACCGCGGGUCAUCAAUAUCAAUCACCAGGCGCAGAACACGGCCCCGGAGUCCUACCAGUACGAUCCCGACGCCAGCGAAAGCACCAAAGAGAAUUGCGGCAAAUGUAAAUUCGAUACGAAACGAUUAAACUUGAACAAAUUCUGCAAGCGCGAUUAUGCGAUCAUGGCGAAGGUAACCGGAAGGGCGACGGCCGGCGGCAAGAAUGGGCCGCGGGAUGAGGUGCGCUUUAACCUGCAGGUGCAGUCGGUGUUCAAGACGUCCAACCCGCUGCUGACGGUGAGCCAGCGCAAAUCGACCCUCGGAUUGCUGGUGCCGGCGAAGAACCUCGACUGUCGCUGCCCGAACAUCAAGAUCAACAAAUCUUACUUGAUACUGGGGAUGGAUGCGAAGAGCAAUCCGGACAAUCUGCUGCUCGGACCGAAGACGAUCGUCAUCGAGUGGAAGGACGACUGGAAUCGGCGGCUGCGGCGGUACCAGCAGCAGGCCGCCUCCUGCUACUAGGCAGCUCACCACCAGCGGAAAGCCAACCCAGCAGCCCACCAGAAACACGCGAGACACAUACACACAAACACACACACACGUACACAUACAACCAAACAGCGGGCUCUGGAGAUCGAAGACGAGGUGAGACGACAAGGAUCGUGACGACCGAUGGCGGAACGGGUGGAACGGGUGGAACGAGGAGAGGGGGGCCCCUCCCACCCCACCCCCCUCGUGGGCAUACCACCAAUAGUAUUUUAAAUUUAUUCGUUAUAUCUUAACAUACACUCUUACACUUACACACACACACGUUACACACACAUACACACACACAGACAGAUGGGAAUCGAUGGAUUGGUCGCAAUCGUAGCGCAAUCUAAAAACCCAUCGUCAUGCUUGGGAACGUUGCUCCCCUUCCCCGCGCCCCUCUUUCACUUUUCCCCAUCUCUUUCUCACUCCUUUGUCUCUCUAUCACUCUCUCUCUCUCUUUCUCUCUUUCUCUCUUUCUGCGGAGCAUUCCGCCCCUUUGGAGCAAAGAAUCUCAUCCCCCCAAUCUGGUGCCAUUAUUUCCAUUUGCGGAUAAGAG